CCCCCAAGAGGGGGCGGGGCCAAGAUGGCGCCGAGCGCUGGGUGAGCAGCGUCUUGGCUGCGGCUAGAGUUUUCCUGCUGCCUGCGCUCGGUUGGCGGGGGCGGGUCUGAGUGGUACCCAGGAGGAGACCCUUUGAAGGUCCCUUGUGGGGACUGGAAAGAGGACGGUUGGUUGCGUGUCUGUGCUCGUGGGGACCCCGUGUGUGUGCCUGCAUUGGAGAGAUGUUGCAGGAGAUGGGGUGGGCUCUCUGAACCUCCUUUCGCGCUGCUCGGGGAUCUUCGACCUGCUUCUCUGCUGGGAUCUCGCUCAAGUUAACCCUUCCCUGGGACGCCUUCCUGCCGCCUCCGCUGAUCUGAGGAGAUCCUGUGACUGUAGCGUGUUUUAUGAGCCUUUACUGGCAGAGGGUACCACCGGGUAUUGAAGGAUUCGUAGGAGUUCGCCAGGGAAGUGGGACACGACAGCCUCUUGUAAACCCGGCGCCAGGCACAGAGGUUUCCGUCUGUUACCCAGGCUGUUGUGCAGUGGCACCAUCUUGGCUCACUGCAGCCUCCAACUCCUCAAUUCAAGCGAUGCUCCCGCCUCAGCCUCCUAAGUAGCUGGGAUGACAGGUUCACACCACCACGCCCGUCUAAUUUUUUAAUUUUUGCAGAAAUGGGGGUCUCACUAUGUUGACCAGGCUGUCUGAAACUCCUGGCCUCAAACAAUCCCCCCACCUCUGCCUUCCAAAGUGCUGGGAUUACUGGGAGUCUCUGUCUCUCCACCGGGGGCUUCAUCCUUCCAGGGAGGAGAAGAGGGACUCCAGAAUGGCUGAGGAGAAGAAGCUGAAGCUUAGCAACACUGUGCUGCCCUCGGAGUCCAUGAAGGUGGUGGCUGAAUCCAUGGGCAUCGCCCAGAUUCAGGAGGAGACCUGCCAGCUGCUAACGGAUGAGGUCAGCUACCGCAUCAAAGAGAUUGCACAGGAUGCUUUGAAGUUCAUGCACAUGGGGAAGCGGCAGAAGCUCACCACCAGUGACAUUGACUACGCCUUGAAGCUAAAGAAUGUCGAGCCACUCUAUGGCUUCCACGCCCAGGAGUUCAUUCCUUUCCGCUUCGCCUCUGGUGGGGGCCGGGAGCUUUACUUCUACGAGGAGAAGGAGGUUGAUCUGAGUGACAUCAUCAAUACCCCUCUGCCCCGGGUGCCCCUGGACGUCUGCCUCAAAGCUCAUUGGCUGAGCAUCGAGGGCUGCCAGCCAGCUAUCCCCGAGAACCCGCCCCCAGCUCCCAAAGAGCAACAGAAGGCCGAAGCCACAGAACCCCUGAAGUCAGCCAAGCCAGGCCAGGAGGAAGACGGAACCCUGAAGGGCAAAGGUCAAGGGGCCACCACAGCCGACGGCAAAGGGAAAGAGAAGAAGGCGCCGCCCUUGCUGGAGGGUGCCCCCUUGCGACUGAAGCCCCGGAGCAUCCACGAGUUGUCUGUGGAGCAGCAGCUCUACUACAAGGAGAUCACCGAGGCCUGCGUGGGCUCCUGCGAGGCCAAGAGGGCGGAAGCCCUGCAAAGCAUUGCCACGGACCCUGGGCUGUAUCAGAUGCUGCCACGGUUCAGUACCUUCAUCUCGGAGGGGGUCCGUGUGAACGUGGUUCAGAACAACCUGGCCCUACUCAUCUACCUGAUGCGUAUGGUGAAGGCGCUUAUGGACAACCCCACGCUCUAUCUAGAAAAAUAUGUCCAUGAACUUAUUCCGGCUGUGAUGACCUGCAUUGUGAGCAGACAGCUGUGCCUGCGACCAGAUGUGGACAAUCACUGGGCACUCCGAGACUUUGCUGCCCGCCUGGUGGCCCAGAUCUGCAAGCAUUUUAGCACAACCACUAACAACAUCCAGUCCCGGAUCACCAAGACCUUCACCAAGAGCUGGGUGGACGAGAAGACGCCCUGGACAACUCGUUAUGGCUCCAUCGCAGGCUUGGCUGAGCUGGGACACGAUGUUAUCAAGACCCUGAUUCUGCCCCGGCUGCAGCAGGAAGGGGAGCGGAUCCGCAGCGUGCUGGAUGGCCCUGUGCUGAGCAACAUUGACCGAAUUGGAGCAGACCAUGUGCAGAGCCUCCUGCUGAAACAUUGUGCUCCUGUUCUGGCAAAGCUGCGCCCACCGCCUGACAAUCAGGACGCCUAUCGGGCAGAAUUCGGGUCCCUUGGGCCCCUCCUCUGCUCCCACGUGGUCAAGGCUCGGGCCCAGGCUGCUCUGCAGGCUCAGCAGGUCAACAGGACCACUCUGACCAUCACACAGCCCCGGCCCACGCUGACCCUCUCACAGGCCCCACAGCCUGGGCCUCGAACCCCUGGCUUGCUGAAGGUUCCUGGCUCCAUCGCACUUCCUGUCCAGACACUGGUGUCUGCACGAGCGGCUGCCCCACCACAGCCUUCCCCUCCUCCAACCAAGUUUAUUGUAAUGUCGUCGUCCUCCAGCGCCCCAUCCACCCAGCAGGUCCUGUCCCUCAGCACCUCGGCCCCCGGCUCAGGUUCCACCACCACUUCUCCCGUCACCACCACCGUCCCCAGCGUGCAGCCCAUUGUCAAGCUGGUCUCCACCGCCACCACUGCACCCCCCAGCACUGCUCCCUCUGGUCCUGGGAGUGUCCAGAAGUACAUCGUGGUCUCACUUCCCCCAACAGGGGAGGGCAAAGGAGGCCCCACCUCCCAUCCUUCUCCAGUUCCUCCCCCAGCAUCGUCCCCCUCCCCACUCAGCGGCAGUGCCCUUUGUGGGGGGAAGCAGGAAGCUGGGGACAGUCCCCCUCCAGCUCCAGGGACUCCAAAAGCGAAUGGCUCCCAGCCCCCCAACUCCGGCUCCCCUCAGCCUGCUCCGUGAUGCUCCACCUGCCAGCCUCCGGAUUCCUACACAUGCAGACGCGUACACACGUGCACGUAUACACAUGCAUGCACACUAAGCGGAAGGAAGUUGUAGAUUGCUUCCUUCAUGUCACUUUCUUUUUAGAUAUUGUACAGCCAGUUUCUCAGAAUAAAAGUUUGGUUUGUAAGUUCCGA